ACUUCGUAGCGAUCGGCCUUCUACAUUAUGUAACUAAACAGCUGAUAUUUGUGCUACUUUAUUAAAAAUAUACAAAACAAUGGUAAUUGGAGCUUUCCCAGCAGCGAAACUCGGUGCACUUUUAAUAAAACAAAUUAGUAAACCCUUAGCAAACUUUAUCAUACAUCGUGCGAAGGAAUCACCUUUCUUCAGGAAUUAUAUUUGUAUGCCACCAGCUCAAUUUUAUAAUUGGUGCGAAGUCAAAACGAAAAUGUGGAUACUCAAUUUAGGCAAACCAGUGAGUGUUCCAGUUCUUAGCGAAGCCAUGGCUAUAGAAUUAGGUGCAAACUUAUUAGGAGAAGGAAUUAUAUUUUCUAUUGCAGCAUCUAUACUUAUAUUUGAAUGGAGGAGGUCUUCAAGGAAAGAGGCACUAAUUGAAGAGAAUAAACAGAAUGAUCUGGAUGAUUUAAAGGGACAAGUGCAAGAACUCUUUUUACAACUGCAAGAGCAACAGGUUUUAAUUAAGGAAUUAACUAGACUAUAUUAUAAAGAGGGCCAUUCCAGAGUGAGGCACACAGCAGAUAGAGAACCUAAAACACCCCCACCAAGUGGUGCUCUUCCCACUACCGAUGGUAACCAACUUACAACUACAACACCAAUUGCAAACGACAAAUCAAAUGACAAGGAUAACACAAAUGUUCUAAUGAGAGCUGUGACGUCUGUAGAAGAAGAAUUUUUAGUCAACAGAUUAGCUGCGAGAGAGGCUGGAAUCUUAACAUCGGCUUUAAAUUAUAUUUAUCAAGAUGUCUAUCGAAUUCCUCUAGUGAUGCAAUAAUGAAUUGUUGGCUAGACAAAGUCUGGUUUGUUAUAUACUUCUAAGUGAACUUAAUUACCUAAGUAUUUAUACAUAAAAGUAUAAUUACUGUAUUAGUACAUUGACUUUUUUGUUUUACUUCCUGGUAACUACUAUUACCAGAUUAUAAUUUAUCAACAUUAAUUUGAGAAGUUUAGUAUUAAUAAGUACAUAAAAAUGUUAUAAUUUUUUACAAUUAAUUUAUUUUUGUCGUAUAAAGCAUAUUUGAACUAA